GGGAUUUGCCCCGGGGCGCUCGAACCACUGAACGCACUGCUGAGGCUCCAGCAUCCAUGGAUUACCCUCUACUGUUGCCUUCUUUUACUGUAUGAUGUAUCGGCUGAAUGGGUUACCAACGAUGGACGUAGAAUGAAUAACUGAUAGAUGACAUCAUGACGGUCACCUACACCGCGCAAGUUGCCAAUGCGCGCUUCUGCGGGUUCUCCAAACUGCUCCUAGCCUGGAGGGGAAGCAUCUACAAGGUCUUAUGGAAGGAGUUCCUUGCUUUCUUCGCCAUGUACACUGCCAUCAGUGUCACUUACAGAUUCUUCCUCUUUGAUGACCAGAAGAGGUAUUUUGAAAAACUGGCAAUUUACUGCAACCACUAUGCCAGUCUCAUCCCCAUGUCUUUUGUGCUAGGUUUUUACGUGACACUGGUGGUGAACCGCUGGUGGAAUCAGUACACCCGCAUUCCAUUACCUGACCGCCUGAUGUGCGUGCUCUCCGGCGGCCUGCAGGGUGUGGACGAGCGCGGGCGGCUGCUGCGACGCACCAUGAUGCGCUAUACAAGUCUGUCCGCGUUACUGAUUUUGCGCUCGGUCAGCACCGCGGUGUUCAAACGCUUCCCGACCAUGGACCACGUCGUGGAAGCAGGGUUCAUGACCAGGGAGGAGCGGAAGAAGUUUGAGAGCCUCAAGUCCCCCUAUAACAAGUACUGGAUUCCCUGUGUGUGGUUCACUAACCUGGCCGCCCUGGCCCGCUGUGAGGGCAGGAUUAAGGACGACAGCACCCUCAAACUAGUGCUGGAGGAGCUCAAUCAUUUCAGAGGGAACUGCAGUAUGCUUUUCCAUUACGACAUGAUCAGUGUUCCCCUGGUCUACACUCAGGUGGUGACUCUGGCCGUGUACAGUUUUUUCUUCGUGUGUCUGAUAGGACGUCAGUUCCUGGACCCCACACAGGGCUACCUGGGUCAUGACCUGGACCUGUACGUCCCCAUCUUCACUCUGCUACAGUUCUUCUUCUACGCUGGCUGGCUCAAGGUAGCAGAGCAGUUGAUAAACCCAUUUGGAGAGGACGAUGAUGACUUUGAGACCAACUGGCUGAUAGACAGGAACUUCCAGGUCUCCAUGAUGGCAGUCGAUGAGAUGUAUGGGGAUCUUCCCAUCAUGGAAAGAGACCGAUAUUGGAACGACUCUAACCCUCGUCCUCCCUACACUGCAGCAACUCUAUUCGGGCUGCGCAAACCCUCCUUCCAGGGUUCCACCUUCGACAUGGCGAUUCCCAAAGAGGAGAUGCACUUCGCUCCCCUGGCGGAUAUCACUGAGAACGUGGAGUCUCAGGGUGGGGGUCACCACCCCAACAUGGCCCUGUUCAACCGGCUCCUCUUCACUGCCCCGUCCCCCACGGGACUCAUUGGAGGGGCGCUGCGCCGCACCUCCGCCCAGCUCCAAAGGUUCCGUCGUCGCUCCGGGAUGUACCCGCCCUCGUUCAGUGAUGAAGAGGGUGAGGAUGAGGAUGACGAAGGUGGGAAGACUUUUGGGCCUUCUGGGGGCUCACUGCCGUCUGUUUUGGCUCAGGAUACUCAGAGUACCAUAUGUAGUUGUGGAGGGGUGUUUAAUGCUAGGACACCCCUCAUGGAGGUACAGUUUGGGGUUGGGGUGGAGAGAUGUGGGGAUGCACUUCAAAGUCAGGAAGAGAUUAUGGAAGAAGAGGAGGAAGAAGAAGAGGAUGAGGGGAACACCCAGAAGGGGGCAGAGAAAGAGAAGAUGGAGGAAGGGAACACUGAGGUGACAGGAGAUAUUCAAAGCCGCAUGCCACUGCUCCCAUCACCCCUCCAGCCUUCCAGAGACCGAGGCCAAACAUCCAUCAGACAACCCCAGGAUAAGACACCCAGACCAGCCUCGACAACCCCCUCCAGCCCCCUAGCCCCCAGAAUCAUCCACCCCCGUUCCACAGCCUGCUCCACCCAAGACCUUUUCAUCUCUGAACCAAUCACAGAGCAGAGCACAGUGAUCCCCGCAAUUCCCAAGCCGCCCAUUGGUGGAGCCAAGAUGUCUUUCCUCACCGUGCCGUCCUACAGCUCCCCACAGCGUCAUAGGAGCGUCAGCAUGGGGUCAGAGUCCCCAUCGGCUCCGAAACGAGAUACUGCACCCUGUUCUAGCCAAAAUUAGUGCACUACUUAGGGAAUAGGAUGCCAUUUCAGAACCGGACUAUGAGUAAGGGAGAACAUGCACACUUCUGUCCAACUGGGACCAACACAUUACACUGAAAAGCUAGGUCAUAUGUCACUGUAGUAUGUUCAUGUGAAAUCACUGGUCUAUAGAUCAUCUGCAUGAGGUUCAUCCUACUGAUCAAUCCACCCAGAUGCUGCAAGGUUUGAGCUGCAGCUUUCACUGUGUUCACCAAUCUUACACUGUACAUUUACUUUAGAUGAAUGAUUUUUCACCUUGUUACAUUGUUAUGAAUUAUAAUGAGGUAAAUAAAAAGAAAAGACAAAUCUU